UGUCUUCAAAGCAGCAAACACAGGCACACUAGCACAGCACAGCUGCACAAUGGGCAAGAUCAUUUUCUAUGAGGACAAGAAGUUUGGUGGUCAUUAUUAUGAGUGCAGCAGUGAUUGUGCAGAUAUGCUGAGUUACCUGAAGUGCUGCAACUCUAUAAAGGUGGAGGAUGGAUGUUUUAUGGUGUAUGAGCAACCCCAAUACUCAGGCCAGCAGUAUUUCCUGAGUAAAGGAGAAUAUCCAGAGUACCAGGAGUGGGCAGGCCUGAAUGAUUUAAUAGGCUCUUGUCGUGUGAUCCCUAAGGCAAAGGAGGCCACAUUUGAAAUGCAGCUUUUUGAGAGAAUGGAGUACGGAGGUCAAAUGAUGGAUCUAGCGGACGACUGCCCCAAUGUAGUGGAAUGCUUCCAUACCAGUAACAUCUUCUCCUGUAAGGUUAUAGGUGGCAACUGGCUCUUCUUUGAAAAGCCCAACUACUCUGGAAGAAUGUACCUCAUAAGACCUGGAGAAUACACAAGGUUCAGUGACUGGGGAGGCACGAGUGCACGCGUGGGAUCUAUCAAACGCAUAAUGACCUAUUAAACUGACUAAAAUUGUUAUUUCUAAAUACGAUCCUGUGUUUAAUAUUCAGUAUUAAAUCAAUAUUGUUCAACACUGUACCUACAUUUUUUCCGUUUACAAUUACAUGUAAUUUACUGCAUUUUACUGUACUUUUAUCAUUUUUGAGCUAUGAACUGCUAUAAGUUAUAUAUUGUAAUCAAUACACCUAGUUCACUACAUCUAGUGACUUGUAUAAUAUAAUCUACUAAUUUAAAUAAAAAAAAAUUGUGCAUUAUUCUUUUCUGAUGUACUAACUAUACUGCAUAAUACCUCAUAAUUCAUUGUGUACUGUUAUUCAUUGCCACAUUCGAGUGUGAUUGUGUUCUGCUAUGAAUUUGUUAUGAAUCCUGUUAAAAUGAACUAAUUAAUUAUAAGCAAGAAUAUUUUCUAUGUGAUGGAGUGGUCAAAUAUUUACAGAACAUUUAAUCUGCUAAAAUAUACUCUGCCACUUUGGUUUAAUGCAUUUUUUAUUUUAAAUUUAAAAAGUGACUUU